AUGCGAAUACUGCUAUCAUCAACGGCAAGCUGCCGCAACUCAAGUCGUUGUGCAUUGCUGCAUAUACAACGCUUGUCAUUGUCCUCGCGCCCGUGGCUGCAGGCAUUGAGACACAAUUCUUCUGGCACAACACCAAAAGAGAUCAAGAUCGAAGGCAGGACUUACAAGACGGAUGAGUGGGCAAACACACCCGCGAGCAUUCUUGAUGCCGUUCCUCGAAAAUUGCAUCUUCAACCAGACCAUCCGUUGACCAUUACCCGGAAGCUCAUCGAAUCAAGAUUUCCUGGGUACAAAACUCACAACGACCUCUUUCCAAUUGUCACAACAGCACAAAACUUCGACUCUCUAGGCUUUCCACUGGAUCAUGUCGGAAGGAGUCGUACUGACACGUACUACAUCAACAAGGAGACUGUACUGCGAACUCACACUUCGGCACAUCAAGCUGAUACUUUCCGCAACAACGAAAGCGAGGGCUACCUGAUCAGUGCGGAUGUCUACCGGCGAGAUGCGAUUGAUCGAAGCCACUACCCCGUCUUCCACCAAAUGGAGGGAGCACGGACAUGGGACAGGCCACCAAGCAGGAAAGAGAUGGAAAAGUCAGUCGGCCGAGGCGAUCCUGAAAAGAUGUGGAAGGAAGCUACCAAAAGCACGGAUAUCCGCCGGUUGAGGACCCCAAAAUCCCGCCGUAUCAUAUUGGAGACGCCAAUCCAUUUGCAGUCCUAG